AACAUUUUCGGUAAAGUCCUGCGAGCGAGGCUCGAACUAGCCUUUGAAGUGUGGUCGGGAUGGGGAAGGCGGAUUUCCUUUCCCCAAAGGCGAUCGCCAACCGCAUCAAAUCGAAAGGCCUACAGAAGCUGCGAUGGUACUGCCAGAUGUGCCAGAAACAGUGCAGAGACGAGAAUGGCUUCAAAUGUCACUGCAUGUCAGAGUCUCACCAGAAACAGCUGCUGCUUGCCUCAGAGAAUCCUCAACAGUUUAUGGAUUAUUUUUCUGAAGAAUUCCGCAAUGAAUUUUUGGAGUUGCUGAAAAGGCGAUUUGGUACUAAACGCGUGCACAAUAACAUUGUGUACAAUGAGUACAUCAGCCAUCGAGAGCACGUACACAUGAAUGCCACACAGUGGGAGACAUUGACAGACUUUACAAAGUGGCUGGGCCGAGAAGGUGUGUGUAAAGUCGAUGAAACACCAAAGGGCUGGUACAUUCAGUAUAUCGACCGAGAUCCUGAAACAAUCAAGAGACAGGAAGAGCUAGAGAAAAAAAAGAAACAAGAUCUUGAUGAUGAAGAGAGGAUCGCUAAAUUUAUUGAGGAGCAAGUGAAAAGGGGCAAAGGUGAAGUAGAGCCGGAAACUCCAGUGUACACUGAAUUAAAUAGGCAAAAUGAGGAAGAGCUAGUCGCAUUCAAUCUCAGCAAAGCUGCAAGCACAUCAGGAGCAUCCAGAUAUUUUUUAAAUUCAUCAUCUUCUCUAUCUAGUUCUCUCUCAUCUAACGCACUGAAGUCUGCUGCAUUAUCUGGAGCAGUCAAGAGGAAAGACCCUGUACAGAGCCAAUCCAAAGAGAAGAAGAAGAAAUCUGCCCUUGAUGAAAUAAUAGAGAUGGAAGAGAAGAAAAAGAAAACAGAAAUAACAGACUAUUGGUUGCAACCUGAUAUUGUUGUAAAAAUUGUGACAAAGAAGUUGGGUGACGGAUACCACAAGAAAAAAGCAGUGGUAAAGGAAUUGGUUGAUAAAUACACAGCAAUUGUGAAACUUAUCGAUUCUGGAGAUAAACUGAAGCUUGACCAGACACAUCUAGAAACUGUUAUCCCUGCACCAGGAAAAAAAGUAUUGGUUUUAAAUGGUGGCUACAAGGGACAUUAUGGCUUGUUAGAGUCUGUAAAGGAGAAGAGCUUUUCUGCCACAAUAGUAAUUGACUCAGGUCCUUUGAAAGGUCGUAAGGUGGAGGGGCUGCCAUACGAGCAUUUCUCUAAGGUGGCGUGAUUACCGUGUACAAAUAUCUGCUGGAAAGAUACAAAAUUCUACAAUGUCAGGGUUUUAUGGACUGUAUAUAUGUUGAUAAUUCAGUUUGGAUGAUCAGCUGCUAGCUUCAGUUUACAUCUUCCUGCUGUUCCCACAUUUAAUAUUGACGUCUAUUUCUUACUAUGUGUUAUGGAAGGUAUU